GAGGCCCUUUUUCCGUCCAAAAGAAAGGCUUUGAGUUUGCAAGCCGAAAACCCUCUCAACCGUCAAAGCGUCCUCUCUGAUUAAUUCUGAUGAAAUUGCGCAAUCGUUGAGUUCCACGCGUCCCGUCGACCCUCUUGAGCCGCCGUUGAGUUGCAUUGGUGCCAUCUGCUGUUUGAUGAUAUGUGCAGUUCCCAUCUACUUCUGUUCAAUAGUUCAAUAGUAUAACCCAGUUGAGACCGACGUACCAAAAGGAGCCUGAAUCACAAUCUUCAUCCUAAGUCCACAUUAGCGCCUAGGAUUUCAGAUUAUUAACUCUAAUGGACCCUAGAUACACAGGAGAGAUAUUGAAGCAUUUGGAGAAGCAAAGUGAGCUACUUAAGGAAGCCAAAAUAUCAAUGUCUGAAGAAUUGCAUCAGUUGAAGGUCGAAGAAGAAAUGCUGAUGCGCAAGUUCUAUGAGAUCAUGUCAGCUCAUGGUAAAGUUAAAAAGAAUGAAGAUCCCAGUAAAGUUUCAGAUGAUGGUUAAAUUGGAAACUCCACUGCGAUAGUCACUACUAGUAGCAAUGAAGAAUGCAGAUGACUUUCAAGUUCUGUUUUCACAUUCUCGGGUGACUGUAAAUAUGCCGCACCUCCUUUUACUACUUAAGCAAAGUUUUGAUUGAUCAAAUUGUUGUGGAGAGCAAAUGGGACGAGUCAGAUCCCACAUUGAGGGUUCAAGAUCCACAAAUUUACAUCACGCUCAGAUGAUUCUGGUUUCUGUAUCUGUACGGUGCACAUUGUACACACUCUUGCUUAAAUCAAUUGUCUUCAAGACUAAUGAUUGAUAAAAUCCCUAAUGGUAAAUAUAAUCUCUUCCUCUCUUUUUCUUCUGCA